AUGCCUGAAAAAUACCUGCAAUACCGGCAAUACCUGGUUUUGGCCAGCAAGAGUCUCACCUCGAAGCUCGCCAACCGAAAAUGGUUUUGCCAGGUGGAAGCUGCACUUGCACCUCUGAGGGAUGGAGAGGGCUUUCUAAAGCCCAUCCUCCCCAGACACUGGCGCUUCAAGGCGCAGAGGGCAUUGAACUUCAAGGGUGACCAAAUCCGCUUGGCGAUGGGUAAGACCGGCGGCUAUGAUGCACGAGCUCCGCUGGAGUGGUUGCUAGUGAACUUGCCAAAGCAGGAGCUCCCACGCUAUUUUGGUGGCGACUCCGUCGGAGACCUUCCGAACACUGAGGAGGAAGGUUCGACCCUCAGUGAUUUGGUGGAAGCUCCCUUUGGUCCGGCGCAGCUUCAAAUGGACGUGGUAGAGGAGGCAGAAGAAGCCAAAGCAGGUGUGGAUGACAAACUCGACGUGGACAAGGAGCUCCCGCAGCCAGUCGCCAAACAGGAUGGUAAACGUCCGGCUUGUGACAAGGAAGUGGGGAAGGAAUUUGCCCGGCGAUACAUGGAGCAAUAUGAGGAGGAGGAUGAAGAAGAUGCCCUCCUUAGCCCAGAAGAGAUUCUGGAACGAGAGAGGAAGAAGGAUCCAACAGCGAGGUAUAUCAAAGUAUCGUUGCAGUUUGAAGAGUCCAGCAAAAUCCUGAAGGCUUUGAAAGAGAAAAGACGGCAUGGUGCCUUCAAGCAGAACAUCAGUGCUGAUCAGAACAAGCAAAGGGAGAACACCAACAAGUUUCAGAGCUGCAAGGCUGAGAUGGAGCUGUUGGAAUCCGGGAAGUAUGGGCCCCUGGAUCAGGAGCGCAUUGCAAAGGCAAAGCCUCGCAAAGCUCCCAAGGAGGAGGAGAGAGAGAAACCAGCGAAGGAGGAGAAGGAGAAGGAAGAGAAGGAGGAAGCAAAAGAGACAGAGGAGGAUUCAAUGCUGCCCUCUCUGUUCGAUGAGGCCGAAGGCCUGGAGUCCGUUGAGUCCCACAGCGCGGAACGGCCGAAAGCGCGGCGCUCCUACAGCCUGGCGGGCUGGACCGGGCGAAAGCCCAAGGAGGCAUUGGAAGACUUCGGCAGGAACAAGUGGGGCAAGAAGAAGGAUGGACUGCCUUAUGCCAAGUACAGUAAGCUCUCAGGCGCCGGCGGCUUCCGCGUGCGGGUCACCGUGCAGUUGCCCAAGAACGAGCGGCGGCGGUUUGACCCCGAGGAGCUCUGCGAGAGCAAGGAGGAGGCAGAGCACCUGGCAGCGACAUUGGCGCUGAUGAAACUCUCCCAGGACUCAGAGAAGCCAGGUCUGCAACGGGGUUUGCCUCCUGUCUAUCGGCAGCGGUGGCAAGAGUGGGAUCAAGAGCUAUUGGCCGACUUGCAGGAUGAUGCAUGCAAUGCUCCAGAAAGUGCAACCUCUUGGCAAAUUCACAGCCGAUUUUAA